AUGUACAUACAUACAUACUUACAUGUAAUAGAAAAGAGAUUAUUCUAAUUAGACCGUUUUAACUUAGGACGGAUCAUAAUCCUUAAGACUUUGCAAAUAUUAUCGACCUGUAAAUCCUUUAAAUACGACUAUCGUAAUGAAAAUUUAAUCAUUUGAUAGAGUCAUGUCACGACAAUCGGUAGUUCUAUCGUUUCUUUUUUGUUUUUUAUUCGUUACGUUGAACAGCGUAACGUCUAAAGUACUUCCCCCAUCGUUAUGGACAAGCUAUCCUUCAAAAUCAGUUUAUUCGAGAUCACUUGGACCACCUGUACCUGGGUAUAGUACAAUAAACGUACCGUAUAUGUCCAAAUCACCACUUUUUCCUAAAUUCGUUGAUCCGAAAGCUAUGAUCUCUAAAAAGACUGAUUUAUUGAACAAUCUUUUUGGUGGAAUGGGUACGAUUCCCUGGACUGCAGAUAGCUCCAAAUUGUUACCAAAUAGUCCUUUUCAAUAUCUUACGGCGGACGAACAAAGUGAUUUCCCUGAGACGAAAAUGAAUGACAUUGUUCAAUUGUACGAAAUUUCGAAAUCUAAAUCUACUUUACCGUCGCAAGAAGCUAAGAGAAGCCUGACUUUGUUCGCCAACGAUCCAGAAUCUCCAUUGAAAAAUACAGUGUCGAAUGAUAAAACCGAGCUAAAAGAUUUUAAUUUGUUAAAGAACGAUGACAAUUCAAAUCCCGAGGAUAGUCAAACGCCUGAAAAAGAGAGCAAUCCUAAUGUGAUAAAGGAAUAUCUCCCAGGAAUGUUUCCUCCUGUUGCAAUGGAUCCGUCGAUGUUCAUUGAAAAAAAAUAUUCCUUUUUGGACACGCUAUUUAAAAAUCUUCCAACGAGUACCACUGUUCCUAGUUUUACCGAACCAACACCAAAAAGUACCAUCGUACCACCUGAAUUUUGGAUUCCGAACUCUCUGGUCGUUAGUCCAACGGAAUAUAAUGAAAAAGUAUCGACGUUCUUGGAUAAAUUAUUCGAGAAUUUAACAUUAAACAAGACUGAAGCUGAGAAUGAAACAUCUUCAGUUUCUGGAACAAGAGCAGCAAGAUCAAUCGAGGAUGUAUCUUCUAUCAUCGCUGCUAAAGACGCUUUCGUAAAUACGAUACUAUUGCAAUUAAGUGUUUUAAAGAAUGAAAUGAUCUCGGUUCUAAACGAUACGCUGACUUAUCAAAAAUCCUCAAGCGUACCUUCUCCAAUAUCAAAGAAACCAUUUCUACCAGGUAUGUGGAUGAAGCCAACAGUGGACGCGAUGUUACCUUUGAAACAAAAAAUGGCAUUUCUUGAUCAAAUGUUCGACAUGUUGCUCGAUUUACAAAAGAAUGUAUCUGCAAAUAUUCUAGAAACCGUAAAGUCUGAACUGAAUGUACAAGGUGACGUUCAAUCGUUAAAUUUAACCGACGAAUCUUUGACAAGUACUGACGAUAACUUGUUAAAUGAGCUUCUUUUAAAUACCAUUAAGCAAAAUUUGGCACAAAGUGUUCAAUAUCCAGCAGUUGCUUCUAAAGAUGCUGUCAAAAAAGUAGCUCGAUCAUCGCCGAACACAACAUCAUUUUGGGUUGCUUAUCCGGAGAGUACUCAUACCGUUGCUAAACGACACGCUCCUGAAAAUAAUUUUCAAUAUCCUUUACAAAGAGGAAAUAAAUUUAAUUAUUCAAACGACAAAUUGGAUCCGAGCCAAUCCGCGGAAAUGUUACAGAAAUAUGACAAGGGAGAUACACACUUUGAUUAUGAUAUCGAUGGGCAAAGAGAGAAUAUAGAGAAAUUUAAAAGAUAUGUUAAGUGGAUGAAAUAUAUUAUGAACGAACACAAAGAAGGCAAGCAUCAUAAUCAACAUUAUUAUUAUUAAGUUGUUUUAAGAAUCUAUUAAUAUUAUUAUUAUUAUAUCUCAUAAUUCGAAAUACUAAGU